AUGGCGUCAAGGGUUACCUUUCCCCACGCCAGAGAUCCGAAUGCCAAGCCGGGGUUUAUCACUAUGCCGUACAGAACGGAAGAUGAGCAUGGGGGCGUGCCAAAGGUCGAUAUCUUUAUUGACCGCGGCGGCACCUUUACUGACUGUAUCGGCAUCCCUCACGGCGCUGGCAAGGAUGAUAUCCUUGUCAAGCUGCUAUCUGUAGACCCUUCAAAUUACGAAGAUGCACCCACGGAGGGCAUUCGGAGGAUCCUGGAGAAAUUCACAGGAGAGCCUCACCCUAGGGAUGUCAAAGUGCCCACGCAGAACAUCGGCGUGAUCCGGAUGGGAACUACGGUUGCUACCAAUGCAUUACUCGAGAGAAAAGGGGAGCGCUCCGCCCUCCUCAUCACCAAGGGCUUCAAGGAUGCUUUAGCAAUUGGGUACCAAGCACGGCCAAAGCUGUUUGACCUCAACAUCAAGAAACCAGAGGUUUUGUACUCGGAAGUCAUCGAGGUGGAUGAGCGAGUCACUAUGGAGGAUGCAACAAAAGAUUCCCUUCCCGUUGGCUCGAUCAGGCCCGAGGCAGAUCCCGCACUCAGGGUCGGCAGGAGCGGAGACAUCGUCCGCAUUCUGACGCCUUUGAAUCUGGAGAGUACCAGGCAGUUACUGCAAGACCUCCGUCAGAGAGGGUUUGAGAGCAUCUGUAUAUGCCUGGCUCACAGCUACAGCUUCCCCGACCACGAGGAUGCGAUCCGGGAUCUCGCUCAAGAGUUGGGCUUUGCAAGCAUAUCCACCUCGUCAAGCCUGAUCCCCAUGAUCAAGCUCAUCUCACGCGGCAUGAGCGCUACCGCCGACGCAUAUCUCACCCCGGAAAUAAAAAAAUACAUCGCCAACUUCCGCAGAGGGUUCAAGGAAAACCUGAAAGGCACACGCGUCCAGUUCAUGCAGUCUGACGGCGGCCUGGUUGACGUCUCAGCCUUCUCCGGCCUGCGAGCUAUACUGUCCGGCCCCGCUGGCGGUGUUGUCGGUUACGCGAAGACGAGCUGGCAUCCGGAUGAUCGGGUACCUGUCAUUGGGUUCGACAUGGGUGGAACCUCGACAGAUGUGAGUCGGUACGGCGGAGAUUUGAGCCAUGUCUUUGAGACUACUACUGCUGGUGUGACGAUCCAGUCGCCGCAGCUCGAUAUCAGUACCGUCGCAGCUGGAGGCGGCAGUAUCCUGGCAUGGAAGAACGGCCUCUUCGUCGUCGGACCGGAAAGCGCUUCAGCUCACCCCGGGCCCGCCUGCUACCGCAAGGGCGGCCCACUGACCGUCACCGACGCCAACUUGUUCCUCGGCAGGAUCCUCCCCGAGUACUUCCCGUCCAUCUUUGGGCCGGAUGAGAAUCUCCCACUCGACCACGAGAUCACCAAGACCAAGUUCUCACAGAUGACCGAGGCUAUCAACGCCGAGACGGGCGGCCACAUGACGGCCGAAGAAGUUGCCCUGGGCUUCUUGGCGGUGGCCAACGAGGCCAUGUGUCGUCCUAUCCGGGCCUUGGCUGAAGGCAAAGGCUAUCAGACGUCUGCUCACCGGUUGGCGGUCUUUGGAGGCGCUGGAGGCCAGCAUGGAUGCUCCAUUGCGAGGCAUCUGGGCAUCAAUACCGUCGUCAUUCACAAGUACUCCAGCAUACUGAGCGCCUAUGGUAUGGCAUUAGCCAACCUAGUCGAAGAGGUGCAGGAGCCAUCUUCUCUGGUGCUGAACGACAGCGCAGAACGCGAGAUCACCUCGCGCUUCGAGUCGUUGAAGAAGCGCGCACUAGAUGGCCUGUUACGACAGGGCGUGACCUCGACCGAGGACGUCGAGGUGCAACCCUUCCUCAAUCUCCGAUACGAGGGUACAGACACGCAGAUGAUGGUGCCACUGCCCAAAGACGGCGACUUCAAGGUGGCCUUCGAGCGCAUGCACCUCCAAGAGUUCACCUUCCUCCUUCCCUCGCGAAAUAUCGUUGUCGACGACAUCCGGGUCAGAGGUGUCGCGAAGGAACACGACCGCCCUGCGCACAACCUCUACGAAGAGCUCGCGAUGACCAAAUUCAUCAAUGACGCCCAGCCCCUCAAGACUAAGAGAACCUAUUUCGCUGCCGGUGGAUGGGUUGAUACGCCGAUAUACUUGCUCGAAGAUCUGCGACCGGGCAACGAGAUCCACGGACCCGCCAUCGUUAUUGACAACACGCAAACAAUCAUUGUAACUCCAAAUGCAUCUGCUCGGAUCAUGAAGGAACACGUGGUGCUCUGCAUAAAGCCUGAAUACCCUGCAGCAGCCCCAGUCGGUGGUAAUGUGCAGCAGAUUGGUCAUAUCCAGGCUGACCCGAUCAAGCUUUCCAUCUUUGGCCAUCGAUUCAUGUCUAUUGCAGAGCAAAUGGGGCGGACUUUGCAAAAGACGGCUGUCAGCAUCAACAUUAAGGAGAGGCUUGACUUCUCCUGUGCCAUUUUUGGACCCAGCGGGGAUCUGGUCGCGAACGCACCUCACGUCCCGGUCCAUCUUGGAAGCAUGGCCUACGCAGUCAAGUACCAGCAUCAACACCGCGGCCCAUCCCUCGUGCCGGGCGAUGUGCUUGUCUCCAACCACCCCAUUGCUGGAGGCACCCACCUCCCAGACAUCACCGUCAUAACCCCCGUCUUCGACGCGGCCGGCAAAGACAUCAUCUUUUACACCGCAUCGCGCGGCCACCACAGAGAUAUCGGCGGAUACCAGGGGAUCUCGGGCAACGCCAACGCGACCGAGAUAUACCAGGAGGGCGCGAGCAUCGUCAGCUUCAAGCUCGUGUCCAACGGCGUCUUCGACGAGGAGGGCAUGCGGCGCAUCCUGAUCGACGAGCCCGCCCAGUACCCCGGCUGCGUCGGCACGUCGAGCAUCUACGACAACCUGUCGGACCUGCGCGCCCAGGUCGCCGCCAACGCUAAAGGGGCGGCGCUCAUCCAGGCCAUGUUUGAGGAAUACCCCAGGGAGGUCGUCCAGUUUUACAUGGAUGAGAUCCAGACCAAUGCCGAAACGGCUGUGCGCAAGUUCCUGCGGGAAACGGCGGCCAGGCUGGGCGGCGGGCGCACCCUUGAGGCCGUUGACUAUCUGGACAACGGGAGCCGUAUCCAGCUGCAAAUCCGCAUCCAUGAGGAUGGGAGUGCCACGUUUGACUUCACGGGCACCGGACCCGAGGUCGUGGGGAACAACAAUGCGCCCAAGAGCAUCUGUCUCUCGGCCAUCAUCUACUCGCUGCGCUGCCUGAUUGAUGACGAAAUCCCUCUGAACCAGGGCUGCCUGUCGUCCAUCGAGGUCGUCAACCCAGAAGGGAGCAUCCUCAAUCCGUCAGAGUACGCCGCGGUGUACGCAGGGAACACGCAGACAAGCCAGAGGAUUGUCGACGUUAUCCUCAAGGCUUUUGAGGCUUGUGCUGCUAGCCACGGCUGCAUGAACAGUGUCGGCUUCUUUGGCGGUAGAGAUGUCAAGGAAGGUGACGGGUACAAAUUCGCCUAUGGCGAGACAAUAUGCGGCGGCUCCGGAGCUGGCGAAGGCUUUAACGGCGCUGAUGCCGUUCAUUGCCACAUGACCAACACGCGCAUCUCGGACGUCGAGAUAUUGGAGAAGCGCUACCCCAUCAUCCUCCGGGAGUUCUCGAUUCGGGGCGACUCUGGCGGCCGUGGGCAGUAUAAGGGCGGCGAGGGCGUGAAGCGCGUCAUCGAGUGCAGGGAGCCGCUGACCUUCUCCAUGAUCUCUGAGAGGCGAGUGACACGGCCGUACGGCCUGAACGGCGGCGAUCCGGGUGCGCCGGGGGAGAACCUCAUCUCGAGGAGGAUCGGCGAUGCAGGGCAGAGACUCAUGAGCCUUGGUCCUCGCGGUCUCGUGAAACUCAAGGCCGGGGACCAGUUCAUUAUCAAGACGCCUGGCGGUGGGGGCUGGGGGCAGGAGAAGACUAAAUGA